CUGGCACAUGGUGCUUUGGUCUAUCAUCAUCCUGGCCACGCUCUGCAUCCAGUCGGUAGUACAUAGAUAGCGUCCAGUUUGCAGGGAGAAAGCCGCCAGGCGGUUUAUUUCGAAAGGACUCCUCGUCUAGAAAAGUCCAAGCCAUCGGGAUCCAUCUUUUUGUUUUUCCUUCAAUACUUUUCUUUUACCUUCUUUGCCUCUCUCGUCAAGCCUCCAAACUUGCUUUUUUGUCGAUCGCUUCAAGAAUAAUGCAUGUCGCAAAGCACGGAUCAAAUCAUUGAUUGGGCGAACUUCUUGCGGAUUCUGCACUUCUUUCGCUCUGUUGACACAUUUUGAGAUGUCUGAUUGCCUCUUCGCGACCUAUGGCCCUACCAAGAGCUCGAUGAGAUAUCGAUAAAGGAUAUAACCAUCACAGAAUGGCGCCGCCGACGCAACGAAAAUGGGAAAAGGCCAAAGUCUACUCCAAACGAGGAUUCGAUAAGGCAUGGCACACUCUUGACAAACUUGGACGUCCGAUAAACCGCUUGUCGAAUAAACUGGGCGCCGAAGCCUUCUGGCCGACGACUCUAGAUCUAGAGAGCGAGAAGGCCGCGCGGAUCCUGCGAAGUUUCUGCAAAGAUGGUUUCUAUGCGGAAAUAGACAGUGGAAAUGGUACAAAACCCACCGAGGGGAUCCCGCGAGGGAAACAAAGGGUAGUGAAAAAGAUCCCGGCGUCGGUCAUCAAGCAAGCAAAGGGAUUGGCUAUCUUUACAACCAUGAGAACGGGUCUCUGGGUUAGUGGAUCUGGAGGCAGCGGCGUUCUACUCGGAAGAAUCAAAGAGACGGGAGAAUGGAGUCCCCCGUCCGGAAUUAUGACGCAUACAGCUGGGCUAGGGUUCCUUGCCGGAGUGGAUAUCUACGAUUGCGUAGUGGUAAUAAAUACCUAUGAGGCCCUGGAAGCCUUCAAAGCCGUCCGCUGCACACUCGGUGGCGAGGUGGCUGCCUCAGCUGGUCCGAUUGGCGCAGGUGGUAAUCUGGAGACUGAGGUCCACAAACGACAAGCUCCAGUUUGGACGUAUAUAAAAGGUCGGGGGUUUUAUGCCGGUGUCCAAAUAGAAGGAACCAUUGUGAUUGAUCGAUGUGACGAAAACGAGCGAUUUUACGGCGAGAGAAUAUCCGUCAGCGAUAUAUUGGCAGGCAAAACUAAAAGGCCCCCGUCGUCAAUUAAAACGUUGAUGCAGACACUGAAAGCGGCCCAGGGCGAUGGUGACGUCAACGAAGAUAUGCUGCCUUCUGGUGACACUCCUGGUGAUAUUGAUUUAACAGGAACGUUCGGUAUCCCAGAUGCCGAUGACCCAGACCCCUAUGGCGUCAAAGCCUUGGAGAGAGAAGGCAUCCUUAUCAGAGAAGCUGGUACUCGUCAAAUCCCGAAAUUGGACGCCUUUGACUACCGGCCAAUUUCUCUCAGCCCGAAAUCUGCGAGAUUCAGCGCUUCAGGUUCAAGAAGAUCCAGCGUCCGCAACAGCCUAGGGAGCUUUGGAAGCGCUGAUCGAGGGACUCAGACCGACGAUUCUUAUUUCGAACAGAGCGGCUACUCCCCUACGAGUACAAGUCCUCCUCGGAGCGUCACAAGCUAUACCUUUCCUCGAGCCGUCAAGGCUGCCGAAGCGGAGGAGCUCGACUAUGAAACCACACAUUUCAAACACGAAGAUGUCAAGCAUGUUCCGGUACGGCGAGUCAAUUUAUCCGACCACAACGUGCCCAUUGUUAGCGCAUCAGCACCAGCGUCGUUCGCAAAGGCGCGGCUCGUCACUAUACCUAAGCGUGUCCCUCCUAUUCUACCCCCGCGCAACCCUGAACGUGUCGUCUCUCCAGUUUCGAGUCGCUCAGAGAUCGAUGACUCUGCCACGCUGUCAUCCAUUUCUCCGGUCGACGAGGAGACAAGCAUUGCCGAUAUUCAAAACCGAUUAAGGCAGCUUCGGUCCGGCGAAUCGCAAUCACCCGCGGAGGACGACCGUGGUCGGUCAACAGAACGUGAUGAUUUCCAUUCUGCACCUGCGUCGCCGUCCAGGACUGAAGAGCUGGUCCAAGACUCAACGCUAGAAAAGGCGCAUUAAUAAGCGUCGUGUAUUCUACCUUCUUCACUUUAUAUUUGAAAGAUUUUUAAUGCUCCUUCGAUUCUCGGAUACGCGAUCGCAGCCAGCUUUCGGUCGUCCCAGCAUUUACGGUUAUUUAGGCCAUUUUUGCCUCUUUUUCCUUUCUUAACGAUUCUUCGUGUGCAAAAGCUCUGUGGUUUGUGCUUUUUCUUUUUCUUUUCUUCAAUGUUUGCAUUAAAUAUGGAAGUUGGGAUUUGCAGGAUCUAUCGGAACCGGAUGAUGGUGGCGCGGCUUUGCGGGUUGUUUGGUGAUUUGUACAGCUAGUUAACUAAUUAUCAGUUCAUGUCUUUGAAAGAAGAGCUUACCUCUACCCUUUUUUGGUUGUUAUAUACUCCAUGCUAGGAAGAUACUAGGAAUGCGAAACAUCCAGAAAUGAUGUUCGCCUUUUCCACCAACUCAGAUAUAUUCCUAACCAACAGGCUAGCGCGAUCGGCCACUGCUGAGGAAUUGAGAUUUAUUUCAUUCUGCGGUGAAUUCCGUCAAGUUAUACCAGCGAUAGCCUCCAAAGUUAUUAAGCUUACAGAGGCAAGAAACCAGCAUCUAUUGAUUAACG